UUCUUUUUCCGGGUAGUUUGUGUUCACUGUCAGCUGUUACUUACUAACCAGAGGCAAGAGGAAGCCAGUGAAGGGAUUGGCAGAGAGGUGUGGCAGAUGAAGAGCGAUGUGUAAGGAAGAUGAACCUAGCAGAGGCAUUCAUUAAUUAAUUUAAACAACACUCAUUGUGGGGGUCUAGAGGAAAACCCGGGCACUGGGCUAUUAAAAGUGAAGGAAGAGGAUGAGACAGAUGACAUGAAUAGUCAUCAGACUGAAAUACAUUGCUCCCUCCCUGCCGAUGAAGGUAAUGCUGAUAUAGUGAAAGUUGAGGUAACAGAAGAUCUGUGUGUGAGGCGUCAGCUGAGAGCACCGGAUAAGAAAACCAGUGACCGUAUUAUCUCAAGUCGUAUGGAUGUGACCCCUUCAGAUGGCUCAAUGGUCAAGCAUGGAGGAGAACUGUAUGUGUGUGAUCAAGUGAAGACUGAGGAGGAAGAAGUUCCUAUAAAUACAGCAACAGGUGAUGUUAAGACUGAAGUCACACUUAAUGCUGAACAGACAAAUAAUCUAUAUGUAGAGAGUCAACUUCAAGCUGUGAAGCAGGAAAUCAGUGACAAUAUCAGUACAGGUGAUGUUAAGACUGAAGCCACACUUAAUGCUGAACAAACAAAUGAUCUGUAUGUGAAGAGUCAGCAGGAAGCUGGGAAGCAGGAAAUCUGUGACAAUAUCAGUACAGGUGGAUUCACAAAUUGCACUUCUCUUAGUCAUGGUCAGAAUGCAGAUGCUUCUUUCAAUCUUUUUCAAAACCAAAGAAGCCUCAUUGAAAAUGUAUGUUCUGAAUGCGGGAAAUGUUUUACCAGGAAAUCAAAUCUAAUUAAACAUCAGAAAAUUCAUUCAGGGGAAAAAGCAUUUUCGUGUUCUGAAUGUGGGAAAUGCUUUACUCAGAAAACAACUCUUCUGAGACAUCAGAAGAUUCAUACAGGAGAGAAAGAAUUUUCAUGUUCUGAAUGUGGGAAAUGUUUUGCUGUGAAAGGAACUCUUGUUACUCAUUUGACAAGUCAUACAGGAGAGAAAGGAUUUUCAUGUUCUGAGUGUGGGAAAUGUUUUACAAGAAAGUCAACUCUUAUUAAACACCAGAAAAAUCAUACAAAAGAGAAAGCAUUUUCAUGUGCUAAAUGUGGGAAAUGGUUCACCCAGGAAUCGCAUCUUGUUACUCAUCAGAAAAUUCAUACAGAUGAAGAUAACACUGAUAUAGUGAAGGUUGAGAUAAGAAAAGAUCUUUGUGUGAGGGGUCAGCUGGGAGCCCCGGUUGAGCAAACCAGUGACAGUAUCAGCCCAGAUGCAGAUAACACUGAUAUAGUGAAAGUUGAGAUAACAGAAGAUCUUUGUGAUCAGGUGAAGACUGAAGAGGAUGAAGUUCCUAUAAAUACAGCAACAGAUCGACCCAUGAGCUCACAUAUUCAUAGUGAAGACCCGACUGCAGAUGCUUCUUUCAGUCUCUUCAUAUCGCAUCUUGUUACUCCUCAUACAGGAGAGAAACCAUUUUCUUGUUCUACAUGUGGGAAACGUUUUAACAGGAAAACUCAUCUUAUUAGACAUCUAGACAUUCACACACAAGAAAAAUCUUAUUCAUGUUCUGAGUGUGGGAAACGUUUUACUGAGAGAUCAACUCUUUUUACUCAUAAAAAAAUACAUACAGCUGAUAUGGUGGAGAAAGGUUUUUCUUGUUCUGAAUGUGGAAAAUGUUUUGCCUCGAAACCAAGCCUUGCAUAUCAUGAAAAAACGCAUAAAGGAGAGAAACCAUUUGCCUGCUCUAUAUGUGGGAAAUGUUUUUACUGGAAAUCAUAUCUGAUUACUCAUCAGCAAAUACAUAUAAGUGAAAAGGCUUUUUCGUGUUUGGAAUGUGGAAAAUGUUUUAAUGGGAAAUCAUAUCUUAAAGCACAUCAGAAAAUUCAUACAGGAGAAAAGGCAUUUUCUUGCUCUGACUGUGGAAAAAGUUUUUACCGGAAAAGAAAUCUUAAAGAACACCAGAGAAUUCAUACAGGGGGGGACAGAUUUCCAUGUUCUAAAUGCGAGAAAUGUUUUAAACAUAAGUCAAGUCUUAUUUCUCAUUACAAAAUUCAUACAGUAGAUUAAACAUUUUCCACUGGCAUUUAGUCCCAAGUAGACAUAAAAGGACACACAAGAAACGAUAAGACCAUCCCAGUGAGCUUCUUUCCUUUAUAUUUGUAGGAAGUUUACAAAUCCUGCUUAAACUUCCUUCAGCCACAAAGACUAUUUUUUUUGCUUGUAGUAAUACUAUGGGCUCAAUUUAUCAAGCCCUUCUCUCCCCUUUGACAGGUUUGCACAAGAUAUAAUGACCUUAAAUAAAUUAGGCUUCCAGGCACCAUCAAAUGAAGGCAGCUCUUUCCCAAACUGGAUGGGUUCACUACAGGAUUAGCUAAUUAAAAUAAAAGGAAGAAAAGGUGCCCCGUGGAGUGGUGAUAACCAAACACAGAGGAAACACCUGUUUGGUUCUGUUGGAGCAGGCUGGGUUCAGUUGCCCAGAAAAGUGACUGCUGGCUCUCUCAGGUGCUGGAUAAGUCUUUAAAACGAACAUGCAACAAGCUAAGCGACAAUAUGUUGUUGUUUUUUGGUUGUUUGUUUUUUUUAAAAAAAGUCAAAAACUUUAUUAAAAGAAAUUUCCUAGCAUGGGAGAAAAACAGGUUAGUUUUUUAAUAAAAUUAAAACAACAACCGUCUUUUAGUUUCCUGCAUGUUCUAACUGUGUAUCUAGCACCUGGGAGAGAUAGUGGGCAGUUUGCUGGGCAAUUUAGGGUACCCAGUCUGCUUAUUUAGCGCCAGAUAGGUGCUUCAUGUUUGUAAUUAUAAAGUCUGUAGAUACUAUUUAUACCCCUGUAUUUUUAUGAAUAAAUCUAUCACUGAUUUUUCUGAA